AAACAUAUACAAGAUGAUAAAGUUUGUGAUUUCGUCUCUUUGCUUGGUUUCCAUUGCAACUGCAUUGAAUAUACCAAGCUACAUAAAGCCGUGUAAACUAGAUGAUCCAAAUCUUAAUGAUUGUGCUUUAAAACAAACUAAAUUAGCUUUUCCCUUUGUUUCUAAAGGAGACAAAAAAAUUAAAUCUCCCUCUUUAAUCCCAUUAUUCUUGCCUUUAAUAGAAGUAGACACUGGACCAAAUUUAAAACUAAAAUUGAAGGAUUUAAAUGUAUAUGGACUGGAUGGUGUUGAAUUUAAAGAGACCAAUUUUGAUACAAAAACCAACAAAGCCCAUUUAAAAAUGUCAGCAACAUUGAACUUCAUUGGGAAGUAUGAAAUUAAUGGUAAAAUUUUGGUCCUUCCAAUAAACGGAGAUGGAAAUUGCAAUAUUACCUUCAGUGGUGGAGAUUUCACAUACGAUAUGAACUGGAAAUUAUUUGAAAAAAAUAAUAAACAAUACGCACAAAUAGAAACACACAAGCUGGAUAUGAAACUUAAAAGAACAUAUUUCCAGUUUUUAAACCUUUUCAAUGGUGACAAACUUCUGGGAGAUAAUAUGAACAAGGUGUUAAAUGAUAACUGGGAGGAAGUAAUGAAGGAAGUCGGACCUGGAAUCACUCAAACCCUUGAGGUUGUGCUUCAUAAUGUUGUAAAGGCAUACUUUGAACAUAUACCUUACAGAGAAAUUUUUGUUUGAUUUACAUUAUUUUGUAAAUUUUUAAUCAAAUUAAUAAAUAAGGGUCAUUCCACGUUACUCGGGGAUUUUUGUCCCGCCCGUCACAAUUAAAAAUUGUGAGUAAAAACUACACGUUAUAAAAUUUAUUUUAAAAUAUUGUUUUAUUAUGCUUUUAAUAAGUUAUAAGCACAAUAAAAAUAAUAUAAUAAAAUAUUAAUUUUAUAACUUGUGGUUUUUACUCACAAUUUUUAAUUGUGACGGGCGGGACAAAAAAUUACCGAGUAACGUGGAAUGCCCCAUACCUUUUUUAAAUAAAAGGUUUAAAAAUUGAA